CUGGGGUGGAAGGGAGGUUACCCUGUAGAUCUUAGAAAGUGGUGUCUGGGGAGAACUGAAGGAUGAUAAUGGUGAUGGCAGCCCAGGCAGCAACAGGAUUCUAUUUAGGUCCCAGAAUAACUUCUGAAGGGUUCUGGGGGAGGGGGGUCCUGGCUGUGAACUGGAGCGACUCCCACAGGCAGGAGGUUUGUGCCGGGACCCUGGAAAGUGACAGUAGUGAGGGUGUCUAAGAAGCAGUGAGUUUUACUGUGUGAGUGAGCAGUGAGUGAGCUGGUCCUGGCCAACUUUGUUCCCAGUCCUGUCCUUACUUUGGAGUAAGAGGAAGGGGCUCUGACAGAAGCUGGGCAGAUGUGCCCAAACACUCUGUGAUGGCCUGGAGGGGUCCCUGGGGAGAAGAGGUGGCAUGGUGGCCAACAGCUAAGACUUUGGAGUCAGACCAGAAUUGGAAUCUUGGCUCUACCAUUGCCUAACUGUGUAGCCAUAGGCAAUUUACUUAAUCUCUUUGAACCUCAGUUUCCUGAUCUGUAAAAUGAGCUUAAGAAUAGUCAUGAUAUUGGGGUGCCUGGGUGGCUCAGUCAGUUAAACGUCCUACUCUUGAUUUCGGCUCAGGACAUGAUCUCACGGUUCGUGAGUUCAAGCCUUGCAAGGAGCUCUGUGCUGAUGACACGAAGCCUGCUUGGGAUACUGUUUCUCCUUCUCUCUGCCCCUCACCCGCUUGUGCUGUCUGUCUGUCUGUCUCUCUCUCAAAAUAAAUAAAUAAACUUAAAAAAGAAAGAAUAGUAACGACAUCCAUAGGAAUAUUGAGAGAAAGGCAUAUAAAGCCUUAGAACAGGCUGAUAUGUACGUAUACAGCAAGUAAAUGUUAGCGGAUAUAUUAGUACUGAUAAGAUCAGGAGGAGAAAGUUGCUGAGGCCAGAAAGGAGCCUGGUUCUGAAGACUGUAACAUGGAUCAUUCCUGCAGGAGAGUCCCUUGGUAAUGUCCAGGGCUCCAGGAAGAGAUGUCCUUGUGGCUGGAGGCCCCUGUGCCUGAUGCUUCUCCUGACUCUGCAGUGGAGCUGUGGGAGCCAGAUGCGCAAGAUGCAAGUGGCCAGGCGCUGGGAGUCAGCAACUGCGUCCUCAGGGAGGAAGCCAGCACGCCCCAGUCGGCUGGGGACUCCCUGGGGGCAGGGCUGGAGGCAACAGAGCCCAUAGUCCUGCUCCCUGGGGUGGAUACCCCUCCAGAGUCUACAGAGCUCCGUCCGCAAAAACGGAAAAAGGGGCCAGCCCCCAAAAUGCUGGGGAAUGAGCUGUGCAGUGUGUGUGGGGACAAGGCCUCUGGCUUCCACUACAACGUGCUGAGCUGUGAGGGCUGCAAGGGAUUCUUCCGCCGCAGCGUCAUCAAAGGAGCGCGCUAUGUCUGCCACAGUGGGGGCCACUGCCCCAUGGACACCUACAUGCGUCGCAAGUGCCAGGAGUGUCGCCUUCGAAAAUGCCGCCAGGCUGGCAUGCGGGAAGAGUGUGUCUUGUCCGAAGAGCAGAUCCGCCUAAAGAAAUUGAAGCGACAAGAGGAAGAACAGGCUCAGGCCACAUCCAUGCCCCCAAGGGUGUCCUCACCUCCCCAAGUCCUGCCCCAGCUCAGCCCAGAACAGCGGGGCAUGAUUGAGAAACUGGUGGCUGCCCAGCAACAGUGUAACAGACGCUCUUUUUCUGACCGGCUCCGAGUCACGCCUUGGCCCAUGGCACCAGAUCCCCAGAGCCGGGAGGCCCGUCAGCAGCGCUUUGCCCACUUCACGGAGCUGGCCAUCGUCUCUGUGCAGGAGAUCGUUGAUUUCGCCAAACAGCUGCCUGGCUUCCUGCAGCUCAGCCGGGAGGACCAGAUCGCCCUACUGAAGACCUCUGCGAUUGAGGUGAUGCUCCUGGAGACGUCUCGGAGGUACAACCCUGGGAGUGAGAGUAUCACCUUCCUCAAGGACUUCAGUUACAACCGGGAAGACUUUGCCAAGGCAGGGCUACAGGUGGAAUUCAUCAACCCCAUCUUCGAGUUCUCCAGAGCCAUGAAUGAGCUGCAGCUCAAUGAUGCCGAGUUUGCUUUGCUCAUCGCCAUCAGCAUCUUCUCUGCAGACCGGCCCAACGUGCAGGACCAGCUCCAGGUAGAGAGGCUACAACACACAUACGUGGAGGCUCUGCAUGCCUACGUCUCCAUCCACCACCCCCAUGACCGACUGAUGUUCCCAAGGAUGCUAAUGAAACUGGUGAGCCUCCGGACCCUGAGCAGUGUUCAUUCAGAGCAAGUGUUUGCACUGCGCCUGCAGGACAAAAAGCUUCCCCCGCUGCUCUCUGAGAUCUGGGAUGUGCACGAAUGACUGUUCUUCCCCCAUAUCUUCUGUUUUCUGGGCUGGAUGGCUGAGGCGCCUGGCUGCCUCCAACAGGUGGAGCUGACUGAGAAGGGCAAACAUUCCUGGGAGCUGGGCAAAGGAGAUCCUCGUGUGGCAUUAAAGGAGAGUCAAAGGGUUGGGAGUUUUGUGGCUGCUGGGCAGUGAGGGCCCUGCUAGAAGUGUGCUCCAUUUGAAGAUCGUACUGACCCAACCAAAUGGAUGAACCUGGGGGCCACUUUGCACAAGGUUCUCCAGGGCCCUGCCCCUCCUGCCUCCACCACUUCCUGUUUUCCCCACAGGGCCCCAAGAGAAAUUCUCCACUGUCACUGCGGCUUGGCCAUAAAUGCCUGGGGGCUGCCUCA